CCGGGUUUCUUUCUUAUUUGAUCUGCUACACUAUGAAAAGCCCCCUAUCUAAGCAUGAAAACAGCAGUGAUUGCUACGACGACCACCAUGUCACGAAAUGACUACCAAUUCGACAACGUUGUCGAUGCCCUCAAAUAUGCUGCGAAUCAUACAGCAGAGGGCAUCUUGGCAUACCCAGCGAACAACAUCAGUGCCCCGCAAGCGGCGCUCAAACUGUCUUAUAGGGAGCUUCUGGACCUAGCAGAAACUAAUGCUAGCAAACUCAAGCAGAAAGACCUGUGCAAAUCCGGUUCUGUUGUGCUCGUCCACUUCGACAAUGCUCUUGAUAGUAUCGUCUGGUACUGGUCCGUUCUAUUGGCCGGGGCUAUCCCUUCCGUCACGGGGCCGGGCAUGUUCAGCCAGAGUGCCUCGGACCGUCAGAAGCAUCUCAGUCAUCUCCAUAGCACCUUCAACGGACCGUUAUGUCUUACUCGACGGUCCCUGGUGGGCCCCUUUUUGGAGCAAACAGGCGAACAGCGUAUCAACAUCAGCACCAUUGAAGAAUUGGAUAGUGUAGUCCUCACAGAUUCGAGACCCCUGACACCUUCUCCUGAGACAUCACCGUCAAGCAUUGCCGCCGUCAUGCUCACAUCGGGAAGCAGCGGUAAUGCGAAAGCCGUCCCCCUGACACACCAACAACUCCUUGCCGCGUUCAGGGGAAAGAGAGAUUCAGCCAACUUACAAUAUCGAGAAAGCCCUUUCCUGUCGUGGACUCACAUGGACCACGUCGCUAAUCUCGUCCAUUGCCACAUCUUCGCCAUAGUGUCUUGUGUCUCACAGAUCCAGGUUGCCGCCGCCGAUAUCCUUAUCGACCCAGUACAACUCUUAAACCUAGUUAGCCGCCAUCGCGUAUCACGCAUGUUCGCUCCGAACUUCUUGCUGGCCAAGAUACUCAGACUGAUCAAGUCAGGAGCAUCCACAUUAGAUCCGGAUCUGAACUUGGAGGCACUAUAUAUAGAUACGGGAGGCGAGGCGAACGUCACCGAAGUCUGCGUCGGGUUGCAAUCCGUGCUAAGUCGGUACGGUGCCCCUGCUGAUGUCUUCAAGCCGUCCUUUGGUAUGACAGAAACUUGCGCAGGGUGCAUUGUCAAUGAUAAGUGUCCUAGCUAUGACAGCUCCCAGCGUCUGGGUUUCACCUCAUUAGGCAAACCCAUGCCGGGUUUGCGAAUGCGCAUCGCUCGCCUAGACAGUCCAGGAACCGAAGUCGCUAGAGGCGAAAGCGGCAGUCUUGAAAUCACCGGCGAAGCGAUCUUUAAGGGGUACUACAACAACCCUGCAGCUACAGCCGAGGCGUUCACCAGCGAUGGAUGGUUCAGAACCGGAGACAAUGCCUACAUUGAUAACCAAGGCCAGCUACACUUAGACGGUCGCACUAAAGAGAUGAUCAAUAUCAACGGCGUUAAAUAUCUACCCCACGAACUCGACUCGGCCCUGGAACAGGCGGAAAUCCCCGGGACGACACCAAGCUAUUUUUGCUGUUUCGCCGUGCGCGACACCUCGAAGGCAGACACCGAAGUCGUGGUGGUACUCUACCUGCCUUCGUACGACGAAAAUGACGAUGAGGCUCGGUACGAGGCUCAGAGCAGCAUUAUUCGCACCUGUAGCAUGCACACCCACUCCCGCCCCACGGUUAUACCGCUAAAUGUUCAAGACAUGCCCAAGUCCACACUAGGUAAACUGUCGCGGACUAAACUAAAGGCAUCCCUAGAAGAAGGUAACUUCGCAGAGCAGAAGGCCACCAAUGACGAAGCUAUUGCAAGAUAUCGUCAGAAAAUUCGCGGCCAGCCUGAGACUAUCGAGGAGGCCGCAAUUCUGUAUAUCAUCGGACAACAGCUCGAAAUGGGAUUCGAAGACGACUUCUCAGUCAACGACUCCAUCUUCUCAACGGGCGCAACAUCUAUGGACCUCGUAGCUAUCAUGCAGCGCCUGAACGGGUUCCUAAGAGCCUCCGGCCACGAAAAGCUCAUCCGUCUAACCGACAUCCUAAAAAACCCCACAGCCAGGGGCAUCGCAUCCCGCGUCGCCGUUUCCACGGGAAAGAAGAAGCACGAGUACGACCCCGUCGUGACGCUCCAGCCCCACGGGACCAAGACUCCGCUAUGGCUCGUGCACCCCGGCGUCGGCGAGGUACUCGUCUUCGUCAACUUGGCGCACCACGUCACCGACCGGCCCAUCCACGCCUUCCGCGCCCGCGGCUUCAACGCAGCGGAGGGCGAGACGCCGUUUAACUCGCUAAACGAGGUCUUCGAGACGUACCGCGCGGCGAUCAAGAAGCGGCAGCCGCACGGGCCCUACGCCAUCGCCGGGUACUCGUUCGGCGGAAUGGUCGCGUUCGAGGUGACCAAGCUGCUCGAGGCGGGCGGCGACGAGGUCCGGCUGUGCGGCAGCUGGAAUCUGCCGCCGCACAUCAAGUUCCGCAUGCGCGAGCUGCUGUGGGACGAGUGCGUCAUCCACCUGUUCUACUUCGUCGGCCUGAUGGACGAGGCCACGGCGUACACGCACAAGCCCGCGCUGUGCGCCUUCGAGCGCGAGGGCCGCCGCCUCGACGCCAUCCGCUACUUGAAGAUGUACAGCGACCCGGCCCGCUGGGACGAGCUAGGCCUCGACGAGGAGUAUUACCUGCUUUGGGUUGGUCUCGCGUCAAAUAUGCAAGGCCUUGCCGUCGACUACGAGCCCGAGGGUAGCGUUGCGAGAAUGGACGUCUUCGUUGCGGACCCGCUGAGCCAUGUGGCGAAGAACAGGGAAGAUUGGAUCCAGAAUAGAUUGGCGGCGUGGAAGAGCUUCGUGCGGAGCGAUGUGCGCUUCCACCACGUAGAGGGCGCGCAUUAUACCAUGUUGAAUCCUGAGUAUGUGGUUAAUUUUGCCAAGACGCUGCGGAAAGUAUUGAGGGAACGAGGGCUGUAAAAAAGCGAUGUUUGGUAAAAAUAGAUAGCUCUAUGAUAAUAUAAUUUAGUUGUAGAUCCUCAACCCCUAACCUCUCCG